ACGGAGAGGAGGCGCCAUUUUGCGCUGCUGCGGGAGACGGUUUGGGGGGUUCUGGCGGGAGGGAGGUGGUAGCGGGACUGGUAGCAAUACUAGCAACAGCAACAAUAGCGGUAGUAUCGGUCGUGGGUGCGGUUGCUGAUUGGGACUAGUGUCCCCGUUUGCCCAUCCCCGUGGCCAGGACUGUCGACAUGAGCGACGUGGAGGAGAAUAACUUCGAGGGGAGGGAGUCUCGCUCCCAGUCAAAAUCUCCAGCUGGGAGUCCUGCUCGUGUAAAAUCGGAGAGCAGGUCAGGAUCUCGCAGUCCAUCAAGGGCUUCCAAACAUUCUGAAUCGCACUCUAGGUCAAGAUCAAAAUCAAGAUCCAGGUCCAGAAGACAUUCGCACAGACGUUACACUCGUUCCAGGUCCCAUUCCCAUUCUCAUUCCCAUAGGAGACGUUCUCGAAGUAGAUCGUAUACACCAGAAUACCGUCGUCGAAGGAGCCGUAGUCAUUCUCCAAUGUCCAACAGAAGAAGGCACACUGGCAGCAGAGCUAAUCCAGACCCUAAUACAUGUCUUGGAGUGUUUGGUCUCAGUUUGUAUACUACUGAGAGAGAUUUGCGUGAAGUCUUCUCCCGUUACGGACCUUUGACUGGUGUCAAUGUGGUUUAUGAUCAGCGGACUGGACGAUCGAGAGGAUUUGCGUUCGUUUAUUUUGAGAGAAUUGAUGAUUCUAAAGAGGCAAUGGAGCACGCAAACGGUAUGGAGCUGGAUGGUAGGAGGAUUCGGGUGGAUUACUCAAUCACCAAGAGAGCACAUACACCCACCCCAGGCAUUUACAUGGGCAGGCCAACACACAGUGGAGGAGGUGGUGGUGGAGGAGCAGGUCGUCGCCGUGACUCAUACUAUGACAGGGGGUAUGACAGAGGAUAUGACAGAUACGAAGAGUAUGAUUACAGAUACAGGAGACGAUCACCAUCGCCUUAUUAUAGUCGAUACCGAUCACGGUCACGAUCCCGUUCCUACAGUCCAAGGCGCUACUGAAGAGCAGAAGGUUUAGCAUUGAGGACAUGAUUUUUAAAUAAAAAGUUGGGAUCUUACCUUCCUUACUGCUUCCUUUCCAAUCCUCCCUUCUUUGUCCUCCAUCCAUCUCUUUUACAAACCUUGGUUCAUUUAGAACAUACCUUCAGUUGAAGUAUUCCUGUUUUCCAUCCCUCCUUAUUGUAAUACUCUUCAAUAUUGUAAUUGUUGUAGGUUUUGUGUAGUAAAAAACAUCUUAAACAAAAUUAAAUAGAGAACCCAAAGUGCUGAUACAUUUUGGAAGUCAUUCCUAUUUUGGUUUUAAGACAAUUGGACUCCUGACUAAUCAGAAGACAGCAUUGGUAUUUUUAAAGCUUGCAUGUCAUAUGUAGUGCACACAGUCAGAUACUUUAAUAUAAACCUGCAUUUCCAAGUAACUUGUUAAUCUUUCUGUUAAAAUGUUUACCUAUUACUUUGACAAACAAGUAACGACUUUGAGCCUCUUCUGUAAUGACAAGUUUGCUUAGGUAGUCAUGAACCAGAGGAUUUCUUUCUCAUUUUUGAUUU